CACGUGGAAGGAAUUAGGAUUUGAUUGGUUAAUUUGAAGAGCAUUCAUAAUCAUCAUAAACAAACACCAUAACUAAGUAAUUAGUGUACCUAUACCUAAGUCAAAUGUUAAAUAUGUUAUCUGCUGAACCCUGAUUCAAAAACUCGUCAUGGGUUUUUACAAAAUACGUACACACAAAAUCUGUCGGAAGAGGUUCUUAAUUUACCAAACCGAUACUUUGAAACGCUUCAAUAAUAUUGUGCUUUUGAUUUUUAGUUACCUACCUAAAAUGUCGUUUUACUGGUUAUUGGUGGUGAUUUUGAAUUUUAGUAGUGUAUUCAGUGGCGUAGAAUAUAGACGAGUAAUUAGACAAGCUGAUUUAGCAUCCAACCCAUGUACUGAUCCGGAUAAUCAAACAGGAACAUGUAUUCCUAUCAGAAGUUGUCCACCAUUGCUCACUUUACUAACUACUCGUGGACGUGAGCCAGUAGUUACAAAUUAUUUACGUCGAUCGCAAUGCGGAAUGCAAAAUGGUCAACCGUAUGUGUGUUGUGCUGACAAGGGUAGUUCAGCCUCAACAUUUCGUACUAAUGAUCAAAUAUCUACAUCAACGUCAUCAACCACUCAAAGAACGACGACGAAUCGAAAACCGAAAGAUUUCUCACAGUGUGGUGAAACGUUCAUCACUACAAUCGAAUUAGAAUUCGAAAACCCCAAGUUAGGUUCUUGGCCGUGGAUGGCAGCAUUGGGAUAUACUUCCAAAUCCAGUUCCAAUUUACAAUUCAGAUGCAGUGGUAGUCUGAUCUCUGAUCGAUUUGUUGUUACAGCUGCACACUGUGUUCAACAUAAUGAAACCAUAACACUAUCAGUAGUUCGAGUAGGGGAUUUAGAUUUAAACGAUACUGUUAAAGACGGAGCUUCGCCACAAGAAAUCGCAAUUGAACAGUCCAUUCCACAUCCAAACUAUACUGACAAUCCAAUUGCAAAUGACAUUGCUCUCUUACGCUUGAAAAAUCCAGUUAUUUUCGACCGAACUGUUCGCCCAAUUUGCAUUUUAAGCGGUCUUCAGUACAAAAGCGAUGAAUUUUAUUCUAAUAAACUUCCAUUCAUUGCCGGCUGGGGAGCUACACAUCGGCGAGGAGGUCCAUCGGAAACCUACUUGCAGCAUGAUCAAAUUGAAGUGUUUAACAAUACAUUUUGUGCUCGAAUUUUUUCCACUCAAAAAUCAACUUUAAUAGAUGAACGAAUUUUAUGUACCCCUCGUUUUAGAAGAGGCGCUUGUCUAAGUAAUGCAGGAGGACCUUUACUUAUUCCCAUAAAAGAUAAGUUUUACCUGGCGGGUGUUGCAUCAUUUAUAGGAAUGGCAUGCGAUGUUACAAAUCGUGAAGCGUAUGCAUUGUAUACUAGAGUCGCGUAUUUUGCCGAUUGGAUUAAAAGUACAGCCGGAUUGUAAACUUUAUUUCUCUCUCAAAUUGAACCUACUCAUCGUGAUUUGAAUUUCGAUCUAUCAAUUACCUAGAUAUCUAUUGUUUUAUUUUUACAAUGUUUUGGGCAGGUAGGUAUAAAAUUUAUUUAUUUAUAAGAAUUUCAGGAAGUAAAUAAAAAAUAAAAAUAAUCAAUUCAUAAACAAUUUAUUUUUACACCAUCUUAAACAUGACUGUAAAAAAUGCACACAUUUGAAAAAAUAUACAUACAAUUUGUUUGAA